AUUAGGCUAGGCAUGCCCAGUUCCUGCAACCAUUCAUCAUAUGUUUCAGCCUCUCUGGCCCCUUAAUCAUCUUUGUUGUACUUCUCUGCACUUAUUCCAGAGUCUCAACAUCUUUUUUGUAUGGUGGAGACCAGAACUGUAGUAUUCCAAUGCACUAGAAGAGACAAGUCUCACUGCAGACACUUGAAGUAGUAUUUCAGACCACCAAAAGAGAAAGAAGACAUGUCAUUUCGAGGGAGAGGUGGAAAUAAUCAUGGUGGAUUCAGCCGUGGUCGUGGUGGUGGUUUCAAUAGAGGAGGAAGAGGUGGUGGAAGAGGUGGAUUUGGACGUGGAGGAGGACGUGGAGGCUUUAAUAGAGGCGGUUAUGACCAAGGACCUCCAGAAAGUGUAGUUAUUCUUGGAGAAUUUAUGCAUCCUUGUGAAGAUGAUAUUGUUUGUAAAUGUGUCACUAAUGAAAACAGAGUACCUUAUUUCAAUGCACCAGUUUAUUUAGAAAACAAAGAACAGAUUGGGAAAGUAGAUGAAAUAUUUGGGCAACUUAGAGACUUUUACUUUUCAGUUAAACUGUCAGAAAACAUGAAAGCUUCGUCUUUCAAAAAACUACAAAAGUUUUAUAUCGAUCCAGCAAAAUUGCUUCCUCUGCAGAGGUUUUUGCCAAGGCCUCCUGGUGAGAAAGGACCCCCAAGAGGUGGGCGAGGUGGAAGAGGAGGGCGAGGUGGGCGAGGUGGAGGUGGUAGAGGUUUUGGAGGUGGUAGAGGUUUUGGAGGUGGUAGAGGUUUUGGAGGUGGUGGAGGAUUCAGAGGAGGACGAGGUAGAGGUGGUGGCCGAGGAUUUAGGGGAAGAGGAUACUGAGUGGAGUUGCUGGAAACAUGAAGUUUAUGGCUUCAUCAGUGAACUUUAAAGAGAAGACUCCUUACGAACUUGAAUGCUACAAAAUGGAAACGAUUUUUAAACAUACAAUAGCUGAAGGAGUAAAGUGUUUUCAUGCCGAACGUUUAUCGGUUUCGUUUAAUAUGCAACAAUUUUAAGAAGAACUACAGAUAUUUGAUUUGCAAUCUGUAUCAUUAUUUGGAGGCAUUGUGGAAAGUUAUUCUUAAGCUUUUUUAAAGGGACUAUUUUUAUUGUCAAGAAUUUAUCCUCUUAUAUCAUCAGUGAAACUGAAUAAUAACUUGAAAAAGUAUCUACUUAAAAAUGUCAAAUAAAAAAUCUUUUGGAUUUCUGGUAGUUGAUUUUAAAAUAGUAAUUUAUAGAUAUGCCCCAAAUGUAUCAAAACAUCUUAAUUAGUUCCAAUAGUGGAGUCCUUGGUGCUGUUUGAGCUGCUUGUUUGUUUGCAGAUGUUUCAUUACCCAAGUAGGUAACAUUAUCAGGGCACUGAUGAUGUUACAUAGUUGGGUAACACAAUGUCUCAGGCAAAUAACCAAACUCAGAAAGUACCAAGGAUCCACAUCUUCAAUAGGAUUUGAAAUAUAAUAUUUUAGCAUUUCUAGUUGCAGCAGCCAAUACAGUUUUACAGAAUAAUGUUCAAAAAUCAUAGAUUCCAUUUGUUUGAUACUGAAUGUGAGAUGAAGGUGACUAUAUCUUGUACUUAGCUCUCUGGUUUAAAUGUUAAAAAGACAAACAGAAAAAAAUAUCAAUAUAUGUGAUGUCUGAUUAUCUAGAAAAGUUUACAUAACAGGAUUUAAGACGAACAGAAAAUUCACAACUUGAUUGGCUUCACUUAUAAGUUAGUUAAUUUAAUGAACAACUCAUAAAUUUUGUGCUCUGGUUUGAAGAAUAGAUGCAUUGUGUAUAUAUAAUAAGGCUGAAUAAACUAUUCAGUGGCCCUUUUAUGAACUGAUUGAAACAUACCUCCAAAUUAUCCAUUUAGUCAAAGCAGCUGCGUUUCUGAAAGGCUUAGCGCUUUUCUGGGUUUGGGUACAUAAGAUGCUUUUGAGAGAGAUUGCAAGUAUUUCUGUAGUUUCCUGAAGAAAGAAUCUUCCAGACUACUUUUAUUUUUUUAUUCAAGUUCUGCCAUGCGAAAUAUUCCUUGCUCUGUAACAUUAGGAAAUGUAUAGUAUGCUGUCUGUAUAUAUGAAUGAAUCUCUGUGUGCACAUAAGGUAUCCCAUGUGCAUUUUAUACCUACUGAUUUUCUGAAUCUUGAAAAUAAAUUAUUUGUAAGAGUUCUAUA